CAAGUCAGGUUGACCAUACGUUGUCAACAUGGCUGCUCUUGCACGGUUUCUGCUUUCUGUGCUGUGGACCUGUGGACUGUUGGCCGCGUUCCCAGGGUAAAGAUGGCGGCUUGCGCCCUAUCUUGAAUAGUUGAAUAUGUGAGAUUUCCGCCCGAUAUUGAAUAUGUGUGAUUUCCGGUGGGAGCUACACGUCAAGGAACACGUGUAAAUCAUGUAUGAUGGAUGCUUAUACAGUCAUCCCUGUAGUUAAGGGGCUCCCACUGGUGAUCGAAUCCGCUGCAGCUUACGAUGACAAGUUGCUGAUUGGUACGAAACAGGGACACUUGCUUGUGUACAAGCUGACUGCAAUAGGUGGGGUAUACCAAACAAGGUUCGAUGUGCAGCUAUGUUCCUCCAGCAAUUCGUUCGCCAAGAAGCCCAUCGUACAGCUUGCUGCUAUUCCAGAGCUGAAUUUGCUUAUAAGCCUCUCGGAUAAUACUGUGACUGUGCACAGCCUGAAUCUUGAACCAAACACCCCCCCCAUCGACUGCCCCGCUCUGUCAAAAUGCAGGGGAUGCACGCUCUUCGCGGUGAAUGUCCAAACACAGAAAUCAUUAACUGGAGAAGUUACUAUUAGUCUGAUGUUAUGUGCAGCUGUGAAGCGGAAGCUGGAACUGUUCUACUGGAAAAACAACACGUUUUGCGAACACCCGAGAGGCCUGUGCGUUCCGGACACGCCUCGUGCCAUGGUUUGGUGUGGGAAUGAGUCAUUACUCGUCGGAUUGAAGUCGGAGUAUAACAUCAUCUUUUUGAGCGGCGACACAAAGCAGCUGUUCCCAACGGGAAAGCAAUCAGAACCACUGUGCGUAAAGCUCAGCGACGACAGCUUUGCCCUGGGAAGAGAUGAGAUGAUUAUCUUCGUGAACAGUGAAGGUCAACCCACACACAAAUACGCUGUACAUUGGACUGAACCCCCGAUCUCCCUGAUACAAGACUACCCAUACCUCUUAGGUGCGCUGUCGUCUGACAUUGAGGUUCGCACUUCAGAACCACGCAUGCUUAUUCAGAGAGCAGCACUGUCCAAACCACGUUUCCUUAUCCCCUGUAAACGUGGGAAACUGUAUCUCGCUUCGAGCAAAGACAUAUGGUGUCUUUUGCAAACACCCGUUCACCUUCGAAUCCCGUUGUUGCUCAGAGACAAAUCGUUUGAGCUGGCACUGAAGUUGGCAGAUCUGUCGAAUGACACAGAAGCUGAAAAGACCGCAACAAAGCAGCAUAUAAAGAACCUCCUCGCUGUCGACCUCUUCAGCGAGAAGAGGUACGAAGAAUCUAUGGCCAUCUUCAGAGAGCUGGAAUCGGAUCCGUCCCACGUCAUCGGUCUCUUUCCAGAUCUCCUUCCGGAAGAAUACCGCAGCACUCUGCAUUAUCCAGUGAGCAUUCCAGAGAUAAAGGAUGGUGACUUGGAAACUGGGCUGCAUGCCCUACUCGAAUACCUUGUCCAAUUCAGACACCACCUCCUCACCAACGAGAAUCCUGAACCACCGCUUACGGCCGUUGCAGCAUCCGCCGAAACCAUUCGGUCGAAGACGUGCCUCUUGGAACUCAUAGACACAACAAGGCUAAAAUGUUAUCUCGUGACCAAUGUUGCCCUAGUUGCAUCCCUGCUCCGCCUCCAAGAUAAUUACUGCCAGCUUGGAGAAUGCGAGAGGGCGCUUAAAAAGCACCAGAGGCUUACUGAACUGAUAAUUCUUUAUCAACAAAAGGGCCAGCACAGGAAAGCGCUAGAGCUCAUGUUCAACGAAGCAAACAAGGCCGACUCUCCGCUGAAGGGCCACGAAAGAACCGUCAGUUACCUGCGACACCUCGGCAGGGAUCACAUUGACCUCAUCUUUGAGUUCUCCAAAUGGGUGCUUGCUGAGCAUCCGGAAGAUGGACUUCGGAUAUUCACCGGUGACGAGCGAGAAGCGGGAACACUUCCACCCCAGGCUGUAUCACAAUUCUUGAUUAAGGAGGCUCCAAGUUUAGUGAUGCCGUACCUGGAGAAUCUGAUUCAUGUCAGGGGGGAGACAGCUGCAAUGUUUUAUAACACCGUACUCCGCAACUACUUGGGGAACGACACAAUUUCCAACGCAUCUGCCCAGUGAUGGGCUUUACGCGGGCAUGGCAAUAAUUCGUGGGAAGGCUUUGGGGGGCACAAGGAUGUGCUCACGAUCUACAUACAGGUGCUCAAAGACAAUCAGAGGGCAGAGGCACAUUGAGAACUGGAAUACUCCAGGAACGUGCAACAAAAUAAAGAGGUCUUCCUGACCCUUCUUCAGCAGCACCUGAACCGUUUGAAGUUAAUUUCUGGGAGGCUUCAUCUUUGUCCAAAGGGGUAGAUCGAAACCCGAAGAAACGCCGUACGAGAGCCGGAUUGGCACAUCGCGUACAGCCGUUGCCCAACGUGCUUAUAAGAUCGAUCCUGUUCAGGAAUUAGCUGUUACUCCUACAGAAGUCCUGGCUGCUGCAGGUGAAAUCGGAAAACAACAAGACUGCAGAGCAUACCGCCCCCAAGUUCACCGCAACAGCGAAACAGAGCAAGAAACCUACGGCGGUGAUGAGUUCGACCAUCAACGAGUGCACCGCCCUCUGAAACGAGUGCUUCUACCAAAGCUAAAUCAUCCAUUGGAUGCACAGAGCAUUGCCUCUGGAGCCCCGGAGCCCCAGAAGGCUAGGUCACUCACUCACACUCAGACAGACAGACAGACAGACAGGGCAAGAACCUAGUGGAAGCUUCCAUAGCCAGGAAGCUUCUAAAGAAGAAGACACUGUGUAUAAUGUAUGUUCUACUGCACCUGGGACAGCAAGUGAAGGGAAAAGGUCCAGUGCAGUUUCAAGUGCCUCAAAUGCUGUAAAAGUAGUAGCAUGCCAUCUGCACAAGAAACAGGAGGAGAAAAGAAAGAAAGAAAAGCUAGACACAUGUAUCUAUCUGAUGACUCGGAAAGAGAUAGAUCAUAUAGAUCAUUUGAAAAGGUAAUCGCUAGAACAAGAGAGGAAGAGGUCACGUGGAAGAUUGUUCCAUUGAGGUAUCUUUUGAAAAAAAACAAAAAAAAAAAACAAAAGAAUUUUACUGAUGUUUGAAAAUGGUAAGGUUUAAUUUUCAAUGUAUGCUCGAGGCGAUCAGAAAUAAAAUGACGUGCUAAUAGGCAACUGAUACAAUUGGAACGCCAGAUAAAUCAAAAUAAAUAUCUUCGGAGAAGUUUUAAAACGUGCCUGGCAUUCUGUGCCUUCUGCUGACGUGGUUGUACAAUUCUGAGCCACAGAAAUUAUUUCAUGGUGGCUGUGCUACAAUUCAAACCCGGACAGGACUUUGGCAUGACAGUGAUAUAUGUUUGACAACAAAAGCAGUCCCAUUUUCUUACAGGCUGUUCUUGGUAGCUCUAACUCGCAAUGGAAUGUGGAAGUUUGUCUGACAGUGUAUCAUUGGUAUUCUUUGUGGAUGAUCCCUGGUGGAUAUAGCAUGUGAACUAAGUGUGUACGUUCUAAAAGCGUACAGAGUAGUUUUGCUUGAUUGUGCCAUCAAAGUUCUUUAGGCGAAAUAAAGUCAAAAAUAGAACAGUA